AUGGCGGAAGGAUUUAUCGAACCUCCACAGAAGAAGGCUAAACUUUCAUUGAAACUCAAGAAGCCACUCUGUGAAGUGCAGAACACAAGGUUUUCUUCUCCAAUAAGUCAAGAGGUCUUAGCAGAAGCUGCGAAAGGAGUCGUUCCCGCGAACACAAAGAAGUGCACUUCCUGGGCCGUUAAGGUCUUUUACUCUUGGAUGGAAUGUCGAAAUGUUCAAGUGCCACAGGAUUUAAUCCCUGCUGACAUACUAAAGUCGCCUGAUCCACACGUCCUUUGCAAGUUUUUACGAUGUUUUGUGUUGGAGGUCAGGAAAGAAGAUGGAACCAUGUAUCCUCCUUCCAGUAUAAGGAGUAUUUUGGGUGGUUUACAUCGAGUCUUAAGAGAAAAUGGUGCUACAUUUUCUAUUUUUGAUAAAGAUGACCCUAUAUUUCGUGAGUUUGCUCUGACACUCGAUACAGUUACCAGCCAGCUACACAGUGAGGGAAUUGGUGCUAAGCGUAAUAAAGCUCUUGUGAUUCCAUUUGAGCAUGAGGUCAUAUUUUGGGACAAAGGUAUCAUCGGUUACGGAUCACCUAAGAGUCUCAUGCGAGCUGUCUUUUGUGGUAUAGGCAUGCAUUUUGUUUUGAGAGGGGUUGAAGAGCACCGUAACCUUAAGAUUGAACAAAUAGAGCGUUUUCCAUCUGAUCAAUCUCUGUAUUCAAGUGAUACCUACUAUGAAUACAUGGAAUAUAUUUCAAAAAAUAACAUACACAGGUUUAAGGAUAUUAACACAACCAACAAAUGUGUAAGGGCCUACGCUAAACCUGAUAAUGAAAGGUGUUUGGUUCGUCUUCUAGAUUUCUACUUAUCAAAAUUACCACCGGAUCCACCAGCUUUUUAUCUACGUCCACUUCUCAACAUACCUGUCUCACCAGAUUUGCCAUGGUAUGCAAAGAUGCCUAUUGGAGCUAACACCCUGAAAAAUGUCGUACCAGAAAUAAGUGAGGAAGCAGGCAUUGGUGUUCGAUAUACCAACCAUUCUCUUCGAGCUACUGCUAUCACACGCAUGUAUGACAGUGGUGUUCCAGAGAAAUUAAUUGCUGAGAAGUCAGGUCAUAAGAGUUUGAAAGGGUUAAGGGCAUAUGAGAAAACAUCAACAAGUCAAGAAAAGGCUGCUGGGGAUAGCAUUACAUGUGAAAAGUCUUUUAACAAGACAGACAUGAGUGAUAAAAAGCCUGUUUUACUUGAUGGAAUGAAGCCCAUGCUGCCGGAUCAAGUUGUUCACAAUUUCUCUGGUCUUCAAGGUUGCACCUUAAACUUCUACAAUAACUCCUAA